AUGGGCUCCGUUUCUAACCAGGAAUUCCCAGGUUGAGUAGCAACAUCAUUUGCAAUUUAUUUGACUUUCUCACAGGUUUGGUAAUAAAGUUACUUUUUGGAGGACUUUGCAUGGCUGUACCCUGCUGCUGGAUCAUGUAAUGCAUUGUCUAAACACGUGAUUUAUCAGCUUGAUGAGUUAAUCGCUUUUCUAAAAUUUGAUAUCAAACUUUUACCAAAACCACGUUUUUGCGCUUUGAUGGGUAUUCUGAGCUUUCUUUCACUUAUUUAGCGACGUUUUCUAUCAAAAUACGGCAAAAAUGCUCUUAGGUUGCCACGGGAGUAGUAUUGAUUCAUAUUGAUUGAUGAUGAAACAACGCGAGAAAGCAAAGAGAGAAGUUUGUAGUCUACACCGGGCUUAAACAUCACCAAAAGUGAACCAAAUUUCUCUGACAUGUGCGUUUUUAUUCUCUUUAGGAGUUUGCAAGACCGAGGAGGAUGAGGGACCGAGCACCGAGGAGGACUCGCAGUCUUUCCACGGGGUUGGCGUGUGUAAAUGGUUCAACGUCCGCAUGGGCUUCGGGUUCCUGUCCAUGACCAGCCGGGAGGGAGUGCCACUGGACGAACCGGUUGAUGUUUUUGUCCAUCAGGUAAGACAAGCGUUUAUUACAAACCGUGAAACUGUCGAGGAGGAGAUUGUGGGAAAAAAAACCUAAAAUCAAGUGAAAUUUCUCACCAGCAGGAAUGAAGUCAGACCACCUGUUUCCAAUACAGCUUGAUUAAUUCAGGACUUUUUCCCCCCCUAAACCAACCAAAGGCAGAUAUGAGAAAAGACGUUUUAAGUUAAUAUAUAAAACACACUUUUCUCUUACACUGCAUUGUCAUUGUUUAUGACUAUUUGAACUGUUUGUCAUGGUAUAAUAAGUUAAUGUGACUGUGUUGGCUGCAGUGUGGUGGGUGUUUCUCCUUCAGGGAAACACGUGUUGCAGCCAGAGGCGUCUCGCGCAGUGGGCCUCCCUCGUGGUUUUCUCGGGGGCACUGAUAUAUGAUGGAGAAUUGAAGUAGCAAUUCAACAAGCUGGCAUCAGUAUGCUUUUGAAUGAGUAUAGAUCAUUGUGUGUGUUGUGUGAGCUGCAUAAGAAGUAAGAAGGUAUGAUUGAUCCUGCACCAGGAACUACUUAAGAGUCCAUAUUUUUGUUUGUGAGCUGGAUAUGAUGAGUGGAAAAGCACUUUGCAAUUUGUCAUUGAAUUUGUUGGCUAAAAUGAUAGAGCUCAAAUGAUUAAGAUGGUUUAGGGUCACAGACUAACCUUACUGAUACUGAAUUGUUCACCUUUCGUCGUUUUUUCUUUUUCCACUUGGCUUUGUAUGAAUUAAUCAUCUGGCAUAAAGACUAAGACUGUCUUGAGUACUAGUGUUGGAUAAAUAUACACGAAUGAUCAAACAAGUUUCCCAUGUUGUAUUGUUAAUUUCUCUCAGCAGGAGGAGAUAAAAGAAAACCUGACUUCAUUCAGGUUUCACUCAAAACCUCCAUUCACCUCUUCAUACACAACUAGCGGUGAGGUGGGGAGGCGGGGGUUUGCAUUUCCCUCCCGCUUCUCGUGUGAGUGAGCGCCUCCACUGCUGUCUGAUAAGAUAAAGGCUUAGCAUGUGAAUGAGAGGAGUCCCCACUAGCUGCUCAUUCACCUCAAGGUUCCUGUCAUAAAGUGAUUAAAGGCUCUAUGCUGUCUGCUCUACCCCCUCUGUGUGCAUGUGUGUGUGGUUUUAAAGAGGACCUCUCAGGGAGAUUUCCCCUGUUACAACACACUCCAUCUCGUUUUAAUUGCAUUUCCUUUUUCAAAAUGUAUGAAAAUGCAUACAAGACGUCCUUUUAUCAGAAUUAUAGUUUGGGAAACUCUGAAACUUGGUUUAAGACAGAUAACUCUCUCUCUUGGUUCUGCUUUUCAACUGUCUGUCUUCUUGUUAUGACCAUCCUGCAACUGAAACAUUGUUCGAUUCUACACUGCAAGCUGUACCCUAAUUAAUCAUAUUGUGAACAGAAAACUAGUCAGCGAGGGAUAGAAACCUCCACUCUGAUGUUAAGGUCGCUGCAAAAGUUCAUAAAAAAUCGAAGGAGUUUGCGGUCACAUAAAUUGUUACACCAGAACAAAUCUUAGAGAGAUCAAACCUAGUGAUCAUGAACUUUGUGUUCUUGAGCCAUACAGAGAAUUGUGCCAGAAAAUCAGUCUGACAAAUCUUUUCAUUCGAUCUACAAGAGAUGUGUAACUAAUGACUUACUUCCCUCUCUGUCACAAGGAAAGUUAGACACACGCGUGUCAAUGAUGGAUGUAAGAAGGUUAUGGCAACGUAAGAGGCCUCAGCCCUAAAAUUAGUGGCCGCGUGUCAAGGAAAAUUAACUCUCAGGGUCUACUGGCCUUUGUGCAGGUGGACAAUAGAGCCAUGCAUCCGAAUGAAGCAGCCCUCGGCCGUGACCGAGCCCCUCUUUGUCUCAGCAGCAGUCCUGCUUUUGUCCCUCGCUGCUAUGAUGUCUUUCUCUGCCUCUCACAGCUUCCAGACACAUUCUGGAGAAAAUUUACAGUCGAAUCUGAUAAUAACUUACAGUUCAGCGUGACUUUAGCCUGAUCUGUAUACCUGUGUGGAUGUGUGGAAUCUAGUGAAGGGUAUGCGACCAAUGAAGGUCCGUUAUAGGGGUGGGGGUUGGGGGGUCACACAUGAGAGAGGAAAUGGGUUAACGGUCACCAGGCCAAAGAGACGCUUGAUGGGUUACUGCUCUGUUAACUAUGUUGCUACACAGUCAUGUUUUGUAUAUGUUCAGGAUCUCCCAGCAGAUGCUCCGCUGUGGUACUGCCAGAAAACCGGACUAUUGAUGUGACUGAAUACUGCGAGAUUAGAUGAGAUGGUGCCUUUGUGAUUGCUCAUUUGCAGCUGAUUGUAGCAGUGAACUGAUAACCCAACUGAAACAAAAUUUUGAGGGAUGAAUGAUAUGAUAUGACUUUAUUUAAAAAAGGGCUUAAUGUGAGACUAAAUAAAGCUGCUUCAUUUGGGAUCCUUCUUCCUAUAUCUUGUAGUUGUGACAGGUUGAUAUCUCAGUUCCCCCAAGAAUUUAUAAAGAGGGAUUUCCGGGGUUGAGUUUUUCCUCUACCUCCAGGCCACACCUGCCCUUCCUUCAUCCCUAUUUUUGCAUGUCAGGGAGAGAGAAGGUUAUCCAGAACCAUUAUGGGGUCACUCCAUGUAAACAGCGACAGAAUAUAUAGCUAUACACAAACGUAAUUAUAUUGUUCUAUUAUUGUCACUCCUUUGUUGAUAAAUGGAGCCAACACGCCUCUCCGAUUGUUCUGUUCCUCACACAUAACAAAUUGAAUCACCAUGUUUCUUUCACAAAAAAGAUGUCAUAUACUCCAGCACUGUUAUCAAAGGGAGAAAUCAAUCAUUGGUGCUUUCCCUCAACUUUUAUCUCCCACUUCUUUCUGCCAAACAACUAUCCAAGGAAUGUCCCCCUGACCCCCGACCUUCCAGAGAAGCACCGCUGCCUUCUCACCCCACCCCCAACCAAAGCACUAACCCCUGCAUCCUGCAGUUUAGGGUUAGUGCUGGUGGUCAGUGUGUUAGUGGAGCUUUGUGAUGUGGGUGGGAAGAGGGAUGGGGCGGGGGCAGCAGUGUGGAAUGCUGUUCCUCCGGAGGGGGGGAUGGGUUGAAGGUUAUCCUCAUCAGAUUUACCACUCAAACACAGCAAAAAGGCAGGACUGAAUUAAGGCAAAGGUGCCUUUAGGGAAGAGUAGCAUGUGUGCAAACUGAUUGGUAGAGUGGAAACAGUAGGCUUUGUGGGGAUUGUUAGUUUCUCAGGUGAAAGACUAUGAUCACCUUAAAAUACCAGAUAGCUGAUAAGUGCACUCUGGCUCCGUUUGUGAGACUGGUUGGUGGUUUUUCUCUGGGGUCAAGUAUACUUGGGUUUGACUCAGUAUAAGUGGUUCUGGAACUGGUUGUGUAAUGAGGCAGGUUUUAAAAGAAACCACUACCAUUGAAUCCCAUCACUGCCUGCUGUUUGAUUAUUCCCGAUGAGUGUUUUAAAGCAAACCAGGUUUGUUGGGUAACCCACCACCUAUAACAGCUAUUCUCAUACUGCAACCUCUCUCUCCGCUACCUUUCAGAGCAAGUUGCACAUGGAGGGCUUUCGCAGCCUGAAGGAAGGCGAGGCAGUCGAGUUUACCUUCAAGAAGUCCUCAAAGGGACUUGAGUCCCAGCAAGUGACCGGACCAGGUGGCAUCCACUGUGUUGGAAGUGAGCGGAGACCCAAGGGCAAGAAGGUCCAGAAGCGACGAUCAAAGGGGGAUAGGUAAGCAGGGACGACCUGGGAAGAAACAGAGGGAUGUUAAAAAAUGUUGGUUCCCCUGUGAAGAGGGUGUUUCUCAGCUCUUGUACUUUCAUUUUCAGUACUCAGGCUUCCACUGUGUCGCUUCAAAUUUGAUGAGACACUAUAACGGCUUGAUAAAUGCAAAGUGUGAGAAUAAUACAGAUAAGCUUUGUUUGUGCAUUUAUACAUUACAGACCUUAAGGGGCUGAAUUUCUCAGCAGUCCACAAACAGUCAUUGUUCUGUUCAGUUUGGAUCACAUCUACAAGGGUGGUUUAGUUUCUCCCCAUUUUCCUUCCUCUUCCUCAACCCCAACCCCCACCUCCAGAACCCAGCAAGGGUCACACCAGCAGGCUUGACGUGUGACCUGGAUCAAUAACUGUUUAAAUCUGCUGGCCCCUGGUGAAUUUAUGCACACGGAGUCUUCCUCUCUUCCUAAACCUCUUCAACAAAUGAGAUGGUUACUCCAAAAAGCACAGUCAUAACAUAACAAAGAAAAGCACAGAUUGAAUAACAAGUGCUGCUCUAGUGAUUGCUCAUUAUUCUGGUGUAAACUCUACGACAAAACUUGAGGAAAAGUACUGGAGACUACAAAUGUAGAAGUAGUCUUAAUGACAUUAUUUGGGUUUGAUUAAAAUAUACAAAACAGGACGUCUAACUAUGAGUACAGAUUCUACAAAGGUGGAGGGGGGCCUAAAACUUUGCCAGUCUGCAAAUGUAUUUUUGAAAGAAAUACCAAGUUCUCAGAGUUUCAAGGGUCCCAUACAAAGGCAACAAUGGUCCUCUAAGUAAAAGAAAGGAGAGCCUAAGGGGGGCUUGAUUUUGGCCUUAUACUCUGAAUAUGAGGAAAGAGUUCGAAGUAUAUCAACCUCACCCUCCUGUCACUUGUGAUUAGAGCCAGAGAGUAGUCCGUGUGAGAACAGAGAUCAUUACCGCCUCAAAGAGUCCUGGGAGGCCCACUGUGGUUCAAUAACUCUCUGUAAACCACACUGAUCCAUUGAUAAGGUAUCGUUCCCCUCUAGCUUUCCUCUAGCGUAUUUCAUUAAGUGGUGCUGGAUAGCGUUGCAUUAGUUCAUGUAAGAUUGAUUGAUCAUAUUUAUAACCAAUCGUCAGGCACAGUUAGGACAGCAGCUCAUGGUUUUAGGCUUAUGUUUCACCACCAGCUGUUUUAAGGUUUACCUUUUAUAGACCACCUUUGUAAGUAUGUGUGUGUGUACAUAUGAGUUGAAGGUAGAGGAAAAGCUCCUGUCCAUUUAAUUGAUAACAGAUGUAGGAGCUCGAGCAAGGGGGUGAAAGGUCACUGUUGUCAUGGCAACAAUGCAUGAGUAAAUGCAAGUGGGUUGGGGGCUGAGAUGAGAUUGGGGGUCGAGGGGGAGGGUAAGGUGGGUCAAGGGGGCAGGGUUCAGAGGUCAUUACUGCAGCUUUUUUAGACAAAGGAACCACUUCCCUUUCCCUCCUUUUACGUCCUGAUGGAUGCUGAUGUAGGGAGGUGCUGCGAUGUGGCGGUAUAGACCUUGACACCACCCCAACGGCCACAGCUACAAAGCCGCCCUGACCUACAGGCAGCCGCACCAAACCAAACCUCAUCUGCCGCCUGAAUAGUAGCAGGGGGUCUGCGGCAGUAUAGGCCUAGCGUCGACCGCCCACCACCCAUCUGUCUUCCGCCCCUGCACGCGUGGCCAUUCUAUAGAGUGUGUCCAACAGAGGUGGAUGAAGGCACCCCUGAUGGCUCCUGCUUGACCCUGGCAUGGUGUUCAUUUCUAAAGUUCAAUGCCGAAGAAAUGGAUGUCUUACUUUAAUACAAUAGAGCGCAGUGAGCCCAACAGGAAGCCUUUGGCAGUGACAAACUGACAAAUGGGGCAAGCUGUUCCAGAUACUUCAGGAUAAUAUGUGCCAUAGUGGUCAAAACGUGUCCAAUGGACUGUGUGCAUGACGCUCAUUUCUUGCAAUUAUGUUCACACAGAGAUAAAUCUGUUCAGGGAUCUUUUUUUUUUUUUCAUUUUGUAAGGAGAUUUCAGAUGUCAUGGUUGUGAAUUUAGGCAUAGAGAUGUUUAAACGUGGUGUGUCAAGAAGCUAUGUGGUGUGACCUGGAAUGCCCUUGAAAAUUGAUGACCAAAGGUAAACUCAAGGUACUCCUGUAAAAUUGUUGCCAUCUAGUGGUCAAAAGGUGGAAAAGCUUUGGUUUCUGGUAUGACCUUUGGCUGUUCAUGAAAGGUACAGAAUGACGGGCAGAGAUGAUUGUGUUUUUUCAGCAUUAUCACCUGAAUUAGACAAUUUUCUCUAAAUGCCAGGUUAACAAGUUAGAGGCAAAUCAAGCUUUCAAAUUUUCUACCAUCAGGGUUUUUCAAGACAUUUGCAAGAUCUUUGUUUCUUUCUACCAGGGCAAAAGAGGACCUCGGUUUUUGAAAAUUUUUUAAUAUCAUAUAUAAAAUUAAAACUCCACAUUUUUGAGUAUUCCUUGAAGGAAUCUGAAUCUGACUGAAUAGGAUACCAACAUUAUUGACAAUCAUCUAACUAUUUGUAGUCCCGCUCUCUCAAAACUAUAAGAGACUAAAAGAAGGUGUCCUGAAAAAAGUGUCCUGUUUUCACAUGCUUGGCUAUAUACAGUAGUCAAAAUAAAGUACCAAUUAGCCAGUGAACAAAACAAAAACAGCUCGCAAAGAUUGAUUGUAAUCUUCUCUUUUAGAUGUUACAACUGUGGAGGCCUGGACCACCAUGCCAAAGAGUGCAAGCUACCACCUCAGCCCAAGAAGUGCCAUUUCUGCCAGAGUAUAGAUCACAUGGUUGCCAACUGUCCACUUAAAGCACAACAGUCCUCAUCGGGUUCUCAGGGAAAACCAUCCCCCUCAAAAGAAGAAGAGGAGGAGCACAGCCCCAUGCCAUCGGCCCCUGAAACCUCCGAUUAA